AUGAGCGGGUUCGAAGAUGCCGAGAGCUCUCGGCGCAAUUACCAGGCGCCUUAUGGUCGACGCAAUCCAAUCCCCACCAUUGAGAAGUACCAAAAGGAAAAGGCGAAUCGUAGGGCGAAUGCGAUUGAUGCGGACCCCGACCCACAGAGCGCCGACCUGAGCCCUUCGCGGACUGAAAAGGCCAAGGAGGGUUGGCGGAAGUACUGGGAUGGAGAAGGAACGGAUGAUCAGGAAGGUGAGAAUGGCGAGGGAGGCGAGGACGUCAAGACUGGCGAGGACGUCACGGCUGGCGAGGACGUCACGGCUGGCGAGGACGUAAAGAACAGAGACGGCGGCAGGGAUGGCGGUUUUGGGGAUCGAUCCACGGCAGAUGCACAACAAGAUGAUGAGGAUGCGGCAGCGUGUGUCAAUGACACUUCGGAAGCUACCGCAGGAGCGGGCGAUCCGAAGGCGCAGAGAAAGCGUCAGAAGAAAUCAAAGGAUGAGCGAGCUGAGAGGGAGGUGACUGACCCAAUCACCCAUCUACCGGUGAAGAUAUAUGACUUUACAACGCAGUCAUUGGAAGAGAUUGACGAGAACCCAACCCCAUAUGGGAGGACUUCGCGGACUGCCACCGGCCUGCAAAACAAGGGCAAGUCUGACAAAGAGCUAGGGGAUGAGCAGUCGGAGCUCCAGCGAGGUCACGAAUCUAUGAAUGCAUUGUUUCCACCUCCAAGCUUUGAAGAGCUGCGAACAGAGCUCAUCAGCACGAACAAGCUGGCUGUUACUGUUGGGCUGUGUGGCACAGCUGCCAUACUUAUGUUCGCUUUUGGUGCUGAACGCCUCUUGAGAACGAAGCGAUUCGCUCAUAUGGUAGGUGUUGAGGAUCCACACGGUGCGCUGUUUGGUGUUGGCGUCUGGUUGCUUGUCGGCCUUCUUAGCGUUGGUGCAAUCUGGGAGCUCAUAGGGGGCGUUCGGACGUGGACUGCCAAUAGGAUUGACGACAUUUGGCAAGAGCAAGCGUGGGAGACAAAUUUUGAAGCGCGGGAAAGGGAAGCAAAAGCACACGAGACUGAAUCUGUCUCGUGGUUGAAUUCAUUGAUUGGAUCGGUCUGGCCGUUGAUCAACCCGGAUCUUUUCACAUCACUGGCAGACACACUAGAGGACGUGAUGCAAGCCUCUCUGCCGAGUCUUGUCCAGAUGGUGAGCGUCGAAGAUCUGGGCCAAGGCAGCGAAGCUCUGCGUAUACUCGGAAUUCGAUGGCUUCCCACUGGUGCAGCUGGGCGCGCUGUAGGCGUAAAUGGCGAGCUUCAAGCAGAAGAGCAGGGCAGUAGAGAAAAGAAGGAGGCAGUGGAUGACGACGCUGGAGCUGAAGAUAGCAAGAACGACCAGGGUGGUAAACGCUCAAAAGAUGGCCGGUCUCAGGACGAGUCGCCUGAUUCUGGAGUCAAGGACGGAUUUGAAGCCGAAGAGGGAGACUUUAUCAACCUGGAGGUCGCCUUCGCAUACCGAGCCCGCCCGUCCAAGUCCAUGGCCGAGAGGACGAAAGAUAUGCAUCUGUACUUGGCCUUUUAUCUUCCCGGCAACAUCAAGAUACCCGUCUAUGUCGAUAUGAGAGGUCUAGUGGGAAUCUGUAGACUCCGAUUGCAGCAGACACCAGAUCCUCCGUUCUUCGCGCUGUGCACCAUCACCUUUCUCGGACAGCCGAAAGUUGACAUCUCGUGCAUUCCGCUGGUUAAGCGAGGGCUGAAUUUGAUGGACUUGCCUCUGAUUUCAAACUUUGUCCAGAGCUCUGUCGACGCAGCUAUUGCAGAGUACGUUGCACCGCGAUCGUUGACCCUAGAUCUGAAAGAUAUGCUGGUUGGGGAUGACUUCAAAAAGGAUACCGCAGCAAAAGGCGUGAUCGUGAUUGACAUCAUCCACGGCUUCGACUUCAGGACUGGAGAUGCUGCUAUCCCCCUCAUACGCAACGAAGCAAGUUCAGAUCCGUACAUCYCAGUUGCUUGGGCGAAAUUCGGCAAGCCAAUGUUCAGCACGAGAGUUCUUGUCAAGGAAAUGGAACCAUAUUGGCGCGAGCGAUGCUACAUGUUGGUUACGCCGCAGGAAAUCGAUGUCGGAGAGAGGAUCCGUUUGCAGCUGUGGGACUCUGACCGUUUCACUGCCGACGACGAUCUUGGUCGUGUGGAGGUUGAUCUCAAGAACAUCAUGACGGGGGACGAGACCAAUGGUAAAAUGCACAACCGUGUCGACGGUUUCAAAGCAUUGAAAGCCGGUGAGGAUAUGCCUGGAAAGCUAGAAUGGAGCAUUGGCUAUUUCUCAAAGACCCGCCUGCAGGAAUGCCAGUUUCAGGCGCAGACGUACGACACCGAUGUACGCUCGAUGAAGCAGUUGAAGGACAAGGCAGAUGCCUCGUGUCAUAGAAAGCUUCGUGAAGCUCAGAGUAAAAAGGGCAGGCAUUCCCGCGAUGCAGAAGAGCUCGAGCAACAAAAGAAGCAAGAGAUCAAACAGAUGGAAGACGCCAUGAUCGCUAGUGCACCUCCACCCGACGACUACCCUUCCGGCAUCUUCAGCAUCCAAAUCCACAACAUCACGGGCCUGAGCUUGGAGAAGCUUAGCAAGAGCGAUGUUGAGAAGGAUAUCCACCAUGAGGAUGAAGAGGAAGAUGGCCAAGGACUACCUUCAGCUUACUGUACCGUGAUCAUCAACCAUAAGAAAAUUUUCAAGACACGAACCAAACCCAGGAAUGGAAAGCCAUUCUACAACGCUGGAACAGAGCGCUUCAUCUCAGACUGGCGCAACGCGGAAGUCCACGUCAGCAUCCGAGAUGCACGGAUUGACGAGAAUGACGCUCUGAUCGGCAUCGUUCAUUUGCCAUUGGGAGAAGUAUUGAAGGACCGCGCCCAGAUCAAUGCUACAUAUCCGUUGACCGGUGGGAUCGGAUAUGGCAGGGUUCGCAUCUCGAUGAUGUGGCGUUCCGUACAGCUGACUGCAUCUCCUGAGAGCCUCGGUUGGGAGUAUGGCACGCUCGAGGUGAAGUCAGGCAUCUCCAGCGCGAGCAUUCCUUCAGACUUGAGUGAUCUCAAAUUAAAGCUGCACAGUAACAUCAGCAGCGCCAAGUUGUAUGCAGAAAAGGAGGGUCAGGUGUGGAAGUCUCGAAAGAGAAACCGCAGCUUGUUCUUGCCUUAUCACAAACGGUACUCCUCGUGUCUCGGAGUGCGGUUCAAGCACAAUGGCGUGUUCAAAGAUCAUACUGCAGCGUUUGCCGUCCUUUGGCUGAGGGACAUUCCAGACGAUGUGGAGCAAGAUCUCACACUUCCGGUGUGGAAGGGAGACUACGAGCGUGCAACCGCCUCAUCCUUAGAUGAGCCCGGAGAGAGGAUUGGCGAGAUCAAGCUCAAGGUGACGUUUUGGGCUGGUCUUGGUGCAGCGCAUCGCAAAUGGGCAUCCAAGGAUCCUGAUCUGGCGAACGUGGUAGAAGUUCUAGACUGCGCUCGCGACAGCCUUGAGAGUCACGAGGCAGAGGAGAAGCAAGGCAUCGUGGAAGGCGAUGGCAAUGCUACAAGCGAUUCCUCUUCGGAUGAAGAUGAAGACCAAGACGACGACAGCUCGGAUGAUGGUAAUGAAAAAGAGAAACCCACGAACAUGAUUGACGAUAUCAAGACUUCUCAGCACGAGAAGAAUCAGAAGCAUCGCACACAUCGCGGCGUGAUGCAAUACAAGAUGCCUCGGACUGCCAAGUGGGCUUCUGAUAAGGCACAGCGUGUAGAGUCGAAGAUUUCUGGAAUGUUCCAGAGGCAUACGCGGGAGCCAGGUAUCGAGACGGAGGUGUAG